AAGAAGCAAAAUCCUCGAAAAAUAAAUAAGAAAAAAUGAAACUUUAUUUUUCUUACGGGGAGAGAGAUUAGACCAACUUAAGCUUAGAUUUUUAGAUUGAAAUUAACGGCUGAGAUCACUUUCCCUUUUUGUUUGAUCUCUCUCUCUCUCUCUCUCACUUCGAAUUCCGCCUCUCCAUGUUUGAGUUUUGAAUACACCUCUCUCUCUCUCUAUUUCGAUUUGUGUUCUUCUUCUUCUUCGUCGUCGUCGUCGUCGUCUGGAUUCACAGCGUCGUCUUAAUUACUUGGAUUUCGUGGAUCUGCCAAAGUGUGAGGCUUACUCAUUGUAGCAUUGUGCUAUGCUUAUGAUCAUUUGUAACAACAUCAAAGAAACUGACUUUGUGGUGUGUCGUCAUAUUGCUUUCUUUGCUAACUAUGAAGCGUGAGAUGAAAGCACCUAUUACCCCACAAGAGAGUUUCCAAAGCGAACUUAAAGGGAAACACGGGAGAACAUCUGGCCCUGCAAGACGAUCCACCAAAGGACAAUGGACUCCUGAAGAGGACGAUGUCUUGUGCAAAGCUGUUGAGCGUUUUCAAGGAAAGAACUGGAAGAAGAUAGCUGAAUGUUUUAAGGAUCGGACUGAUGUCCAGUGUCUUCAUAGAUGGCAAAAAGUCUUGAACCCGGAGCUUGUGAAAGGACCGUGGUCAAAAGAGGAGGAUAACACUAUAAUUGCUCUGGUUGAAAAACAUGGGCCAAAGAAAUGGUCUACUAUAUCUCAGCAUUUACCUGGUCGCAUAGGGAAACAAUGUAGGGAAAGGUGGCAUAACCAUCUUAACCCUGGGAUCAAUAAAAAUGCAUGGACUCAGGAAGAGGAACUGAUUCUUAUUCGUGCACAUCAAAUUUAUGGGAAUAAGUGGGCAGAGCUAAUGAAAUUUUUGCCAGGAAGGUCAGAUAAUUCGAUAAAAAAUCACUGGAACAGCUCAGUUAAGAAGAAGUUGGAUUCCUACUAUGCAUCAGGUCUUUUAGAUCAGUGUCAAAGCUCGCCAUUAAUUGCUCUUCAGAACAAAUCUAUCGCUCCAUCUCCCUCGUGGAUGCACAGCAGUGGAGAUGAAGGUAAUUCAAGGCCAGGGCUUGAUGCUGAAGAAUCGGAAUGCAGCCAAGCUUCAACUGUUUUCUCACAGUCAACCAAUGAUUUCCAAGAUGAGGUUAAACCUGGAAAUGAGGAAUUUUACAUGCCUGAAUUUCAUUCAGGAGCAGAGCAGAAAAUCUCAAAUGAUGCUGCAGAACCAUACUACCCUCCUUUUGAAGAUGCCAAAAUUGUUGUCCCAGAAAUUUCUUGUGAAGCAGAAUGCUCAAACUCUCACAAGGUUAGAACUACCACAGCUACGGAGGAUCAAUUGAAGGGUGUAUCUAAUGAUGCCAAACAGGACCUCGAUCUAGACUUGUUGACCCAUAACAUGAACAACGACGGAAAAAAUCAAGCUUUUCAAAGUUCAGUAAGAUUAAGUGAUCAACCUUCUUUGCCAAACUCAGAGACAGAUCCAGAAGCUCAAACUUUGAUCACGGAUGAGGAGUGUUGUAGGGUUCUUUUCCCAGAUACCAUGAAAGAUAGCUGUACAUCUUCUGGUGAGCAAGGUCGGAAUAUGAUUGAACCUCAAAAGGGCAAAGGAUCUAUUUGUUCCCAGUCUGCAGAAACCCUUGUUCAUGAAACUGGAAAACUUCCAGCUUUAUCCUGGCAUCCUUCAAGUUCAGAGGGCCUGGCGGUUCAUAAUUGUGUCCCCUUAUUAGAUACUGGAUUAGAACGUAAGCCUGAUACAAAUGAUGGUUUCAUCGACACUGAUGGACAUAUAACUUCCCAUGGAAAUGAUGAUAAUGAUGGUAUCCCAGAACAUCAGGGGCUGUCAUAUGUUCCCAAGGAUUCUUUGAAGCUAGUACCUCUUAAUAGUUUUUCUUCUCCUUCUAGAGUGAACAAGAUUUAUUUUCCUAUCGAUGAUAAGCCAGCUGAAAAAGACAAAGGAGCUCUUUGUUAUGAACCGCCACGUUUUCCAAGUGCCGAUAUUCCUUUCUUCAGCUGUGAUCUUGUACCAUCAAAUAGUGACUUACGGCAAGAGUACAGUCCCUUUGGUAUCCGCCAGUUGAUGAUUUCUUCGAUGAAUUGUACAACUCCGUUAAGGUUAUGGGAUUCACCGUGUCACGAUAGGAGCCCUGAUGUCAUGCUUAAUGAUGCUGCCAAAAGUUCAAGUAAUGCACCAUCCAUCUUACAGAAGCGGCAUCAUCAUCGAGACUUGCUGUCACCUGUACUUGAUAGAAGAAAAGACAAAAAGCAUAAAAGGGCUGCGACUUCCUCCUUGGCUAAAGAUUUUUCAUGCUUAGAUGUACUGCUUGAUGAAGGAGAUGAUUGCAUGUCCUCUCGUCCGUCAGAAUCUCCUGAAAAUAAAAAUAGAUGCGCCUUCCGUUCCGAAGCCAAAGAUAUUAGAUAUGCUGCAUCAGGUCAGUCAGAUCAAGAAAUGAUUCCUAGAGAUGAGGAACCAAAGGAAACCUUAAAGUCAAGUGGAGUGACUUCUAUGCAAAAUGAAAAGGGAUGUAAUGAAGGUGGUGCUUCAGCUAAAAAUGAUCAAGAAACUUCUGGAAGUUUGGUUGAGAUACGACUGUUUUCACCUGGUAUGACUGGAUGUAGAUCCGAUAGCAAAGUUAAUACAAGUGCGAAAGAUCUAUCAAACCAGCACAAAUGCUCAUUAGGUGAUAUUCCAACUGAUGAAAUCUCAUCAGAACCUCCAUGCACAGUAGACUCUUCUCCUUUAUCAGCAUUCGAUAAAAUUAACUCUGCAGGGACCAGCUUUGAUAUUGAAAACUUCAGCAUAUUUGAUGGAACUCCGUUUAGAAAACUCCUUGAUACCCCAUCACCUUGGAAAUCUCCUUUACUCUUUGGUUCUUUCUUGCAAAGUCCAAAGUUGCCUCCAGAAAUUACAUUUGAGGAUAUUGGGUGCUUUAUGAGUCCCGGGGAGAGAAGUUAUGAUGCCAUAGGACUGAUGAAGCAUUUGAGUGAACACUCAGCUACGGCAUAUGCAGAUGCCUUGGAAGUUUUAGGUAAUGACACACCUGAAACAAUACUCAAGAAGAGACAGCUAAACAAGUCUAUUCAAGGGAAAGAAAAUCAUCACCUUUCUCACGAUCAGCUUGGAAACCGAUCCCAGGUGGAGCGUCGCACCUUAGACUUCAGCGAUUGUGGGACACCAGGGAAAACAAUGGUAUCCGCAGCUUCUCCGGGAGGCUAUUCAAGUCCAUCAUCUUACCUUUUGAAGAGUUGCAGAUAGGAAAGAAAGGCUGGUUUUGUUCAUAAAGCUCUGAAGGGACAUUCAUUCCCGCCUUCAAUUUUUUGAUCCCGUAUGUGUAUGUCUAAUUUUCUUGUUUCUAAUUUUUCAAUGUGUAGCUCUGUCAACUCUGGACAUGAUACUGUUGAUUAUAUAGCGGAAAAGUAACUCGUUCUCAAGAAAUUAACUCUGUAUUCCAAAAGUUCACAUCCUCA